AUGGAUCAGUGCGUGACGGUGGAGCGCGAGCUGGAGAAGGUGCUGCACAAGUUCUCGGGCUACGGGCAGCUGUGCGAGCGCGGCCUGGAGGAGCUCAUCGACUACACGGGCGGCCUCAAGCACGAGAUCCUGCAGAGCCACGGCCAAGAUGCUGAAUUAUCAGGGACUCUUUCACUUGUUUUGACACAGUGCUGUAAAAGAAUAAAGGAUACUGUUCAGAAAUUGGCCUCAGACCACAAAGACAUCCAUAGCAGUGUUUCUCGGGUUGGAAAAGCCAUUGAUAAGAAUUUUGAUUCUGACAUUAGUAGUGUGGGGAUAGAUGGCUGCUGGCAGGCAGACAGCCAACGGCUUCUCAAUGAGGUGAUGGUGGAGCACUUCUUUCGGCAAGGAAUGCUGGAUGUCGCCGAGGAGCUCUGCCAGGAAUCUGGUCUUUCUGUAGACCCAAGUCAGAAAGAACCAUUUGUGGAGUUAAAUCGAAUAUUAGAAGCACUAAAGGUCAGAGUUCUGAGACCUGCUCUAGAAUGGGCAGUAUCAAACCGAGAAAUGCUGAUAGCCCAGAACAGCUCCUUGGAAUUUAAGCUGCACAGACUGUAUUUCAUUAGCUUAUUAAUGGGUGGAACUACAAAUCAGCGAGAGGCACUACAGUAUGCUAAAAAUUUUCAGCCAUUUGCUCUAAAUCAUCAGAAAGACAUUCAGGUUUUGAUGGGAAGUCUCGUGUACCUUAGACAAGGGAUUGAGAACUCACCAUAUGUUCACCUGCUUGAUGCGAACCAGUGGGCUGACAUCUGUGACAUCUUUACUCGGGAUGCCUGUGCCCUCCUAGGGCUCUCUGUAGAGUCCCCACUCAGUGUCAGUUUCUCAGCAGGUUGUGUGGCAUUGCCAGCUUUAAUUAAUAUCAAAGCUGUGAUUGAACAGAGGCAGUGCACUGGAGUUUGGAACCAGAAAGAUGAAUUACCUAUUGAAGUGGAUCUUGGUAAAAAGUGCUGGUAUCAUUCUAUAUUUGCCUGUCCUAUUCUUCGCCAACAAACAACGGAUAACAACCCACCCAUGAAAUUGGUCUGUGGUCAUAUUAUAUCAAGAGAUGCCCUGAAUAAAAUGUUUAAUGGUAGCAAAUUAAAAUGUCCAUAUUGUCCAAUGGAACAAAGUCCAGGAGAUGCCAAGCAGAUAUUUUUCUGAAGAAAUAACUUUAGCAGUUUGUAAGUGAAACUGAGUUGUUUCAGAAGAGAAUGUUCCAUUUAAUGCAGCUAACCAAGGACUCCCAUGUUGAUAUAAGCUAAUGCUCCAGAAACUUCACCAACAUUUUAGUGUCUAAACACAGAGGGGAGUGCUCCAGAUAAAUAUUAUCAUAGGGCUUUAUUAUAUUCUUGGUCUUCAUUUCUGAUCAAGUAAAUUCACCAGCAGUUGUCAUUCAAUGCAGGUUUUGUACUUAAUUAUAUGGUGAUUUUUUUUUUUUUUUUUUUUUUACUUUUUAAGAGCAGAAAUAGAAAUUGACCUCCCCAUUAUGUGUCAAUAUUUCUCCUACUUUUAACUUUUGUUGUUUCCCCAAUAAUUGUAAACUUUAAGAAUGUUUGUGGAAAAGUUUUAUUUCCUUUUAUGUAUACAUAAUUAUAGGAAAAGUCCAGAAAAAUAAUUUUGAAAAAAUUGUGGUCACAGACUGAUUUGCUUUUUUUUUUCUUCCCUUUUUUCUUAAGAAAGAAAGCUAUGAUAGAUUCCAAAUUUUUUCCUUUUUGAUGUUUUCUGCUGCUCCAGCUUUCACCAAGAAGUCAGUAGACCUGCACUUGAGCUCUGCUUUGUAGCCCCAGCAGGCUGGCUGUUUAAAAUUCCACCCCAGUCUAUCAGGUUCUUGUGAGAAGUCUUUCACUAGAACAAAGUGGGAGGAGUACUGUUGUUUCUUUGCUUUUAUUGCCAAGAGGUGCUUGUUUUAAAAGUCUGUUUAAUAAAAUGAAAUUCUGAAGUUAGAAGUGUUCUUAAGUUGAUAUUUGCUCUUUUGGUAGCCCUAUCUCUGAAGUCUGCUUUUAGGAUUUGGCUACCUGUUGCAUUUAUAUAUCAUUGUAGACAGUGUGUGUGUGUGUGUGUGUGUGUGUGUGUGUGUGUGUUUUGUCACACACCUGCAUAAAACAUUGUGUAUCUGGAAGGGAAGAAGCAUGUUUCAGUCCUAAAAUGCAGUUACCAGACUCAUCACUUUAAAUCCUUCAAGUUAGAAGCUAGCAACUUUUCUGUAGUGCAAAAUUUGUUUAUUGAUAUUUUGUAUUUGAAUAGUAUGUUGUUCAAUGCCUCUCUUUUGCAAAGUGUAUCAUCUCACUGACUGAAUCUGUAGAUGACUCUGAUGGAUACAGAUAAUGGUCUUUUUUUGUGUGAGGUAUUUUCAGUUAAUGCACUGUCCAGGAAUAGCCAUGUGUAAGUCUUUAUCUGUAUGUUGAACUACAUGAAAAAGAUGUCUGUGGACCUGAUUUUGACUUAAACCCAUGAAGUUCCUUCAUUAUGAGAAGACUUUUAAGUAGAAAUCACCAAAUGUUUUACAAACUUUUACUUCAACUGACUUGGAACUUAACCAUCAAUAUAGGAAAAAUGGUAUACACGUGAAAAAGAAGGAGAAGAAGACACAGAAGCAAAGCAAAAUAUGACACUUAACAUUUUAAAAAUAUUGAUUGACUGGUUUGGGGAAGACUGGCAUCAUUCAUAGUAGUAUACCAAUAUGGAUAGUUUAUCCUAAAAUGUUUACCAGGGGAAGCUUGGAUUUGCUUGUAAUAGAAAGGGGCAUGGCAGACUUACUGGGUUGAUGUGUGAUCAGGGUAUGUUGAGGGCUACUGUGUGCUUUGUAGGUUAACUACAGAUUUUAAUUAACUGAAGUGGGCUGGCUCUCUAUGUGCUUAGCCCAGCCUCAGUCUUGGCCCCACAACUAUAUUUACUUCAUGUUUCUGCCUUCCUGUUAGAACCCUCUCUCUACUACAACAAAUGAAGAAGGUGUACAGGGAGAAGUUCCUUGUUUUCCAAAAGUAAAGGUGUUGAAUUCCAGGCAGUAUUCUGCCUGAGGAAGUAAACCUUCUAUAUCAUUUUUUCCUCUCAGAAUCAAAACUUACUUUUUUUUUCUUUUUGUACUUUUCCUCACCCGGCCAGGUUUAGCUUUAUUCAGAACAUAUUUUCACCUUCCCAUCCCAAAUACCUACACGACAGAGUUCACACAGGUUUAAACAAUACAGGCAUUGAUUGCUCCAGAAUCUGAUGAUGAUGGUUAAUGUUUCUGGUGGCCAAACAUUCACAUGUGUGAAUUAGGCUAUUCUCACGGCCAAAAGCCAGAACUCUGCUUCCCCUCCAACCCAGUGUAGGGAACCCUGCUGACACUUUUUAUGCAGCUCACGAAGUUUUUAAAAGAACAUGCUUUAGCCAAAGCAUUUGAUUUUAUUCCAUCCUGUGCAGGCCCCUUAUAGGUCCCACUGAGUAGGGCUUGGAGCCAAACUUUGAAACUAUUGAUUUGGUGAUGUAAUGUGAAAAUAACGUCUUGUGACUAAAUGUAUAGACUUACUAUUCAUUGGUGACUACCUGUCAAGGAGGGGGAUUGAAAGAGGACGGACCUUAACCAAAGAUGCUGAAGUUAUAGCACACUAUCCUUCACAGUGGCAUUAGGAUACUGUCUUCACUGAGAUUGUGUCUGUCCCCAGAGAAGGAGGAUGCUCUUUACCACAUCCUCCACUCCUUUUAAAAGGUCACCAAAGAGCCAAGAUAUUUUACAAUUUUACUAAUUGUAAUGAUGCUCCUUGCAGAUCACAAUUCACAGCAGCUCCCUAAAUGUCUCUAUUAAUUAGUUCCAUUUAUUGGAUGUGGACAAAGGUUAUGGCACCCUGCCAGACCAAUAAAACCUUGUUAAUUAGAUUUCUAGAUUCUGAUUCAGCCCAAGCAUCUGGGCUUUCAACUACAUGCUGAAGUGCAAUGGCUAUUGUUGGUGUUGAUCUUUUUACUCUUUUGUGUGAUCAUCACAGAUGCCAUUAAUUUUGUUGUGGUAAUUUAAUGAAACUUUGAAUACAUAAAUGAACGGGUAUUGGUGCCUCUUAAUUUAAAAAUUCUUUAAAGAGUCACCUCAUAUUCAUAGAAUGUGUGAGUCGUUGGUGAGUGUAUGAACACUUAAUUGAACAUAAGGAUGCUAUGAAGUAAAUAUUUUGUUUUGUUUUCUCUGGUAGCAACUGAUAUAUACAGACACUAAAACAUAAAACCACAUUAUGUGGGAAUGAGGAUCCUUUUUUCUCUCCAGGUAGUCCCAGAGGUUAUACAGUUUACGUUCAGUAUUCCUUAUGCUGUUAUUUUCACGUCAGUGGUUACAGCCUUUGGGACACCAGAAUCCAAGAACUCUUGAUUAUCGGCACAAGACAAGCUGCUGGUAGACAGUAACCCGCUAGUUUUCCAGCUCAACUUCUAAGUAGACUGGUACGUCAAACUCAUUGGUCUACUUUGCAGACUCAGGUUAUUUUCAGGGAAGGCACAGAAGCAUGGUUUGGUUAAUUUCAUCACCAGGAUGUGUAAGGUGAAAACACAAGCCAAAUAUAUGAUUACUGAACUCUACACAUACUGUCUUUGGUAACACUAGGAUCUUAGGGAAUUGUUAGCACUGAACACAUAGAAAGUUUGAUGUUUCACAAGCCUGUCUAGUGCUGACAGGUUUUAUGUGGUAUAGUAGUGUUUACCAUAAGCAGGGACAGACUCCAUGAACCUUUUACUCAGCUAGGAUUGAAUAGAUACCAAAAAUAGAAUGACACGAUUAUUUUAAUAGCAGGUGAAGCAGUUGGUUUUGCAGCAUGUUUUCCACUGUUGAUUUUUACUUUGAGAUACAGGGAGAGAAAACAAAACCUUUCCUCUACAGUUUUAAGCUGUAGUGAGCACAUGCUUCUUUUACUUCCAAAGAGGCAAAGGCAGCUGGAAUUGGCUUAUAGCACAUGCUUUGUUUUAUGUCAUGGGUGAGAACCUUCACACUUAUUUAAGCAGUCACUUCUCCAGUAAGGCAGAUGUGGAGUUCACUAGGAUUUAGUGCCUGAUCUUUUCUUUUGGGAAGGGUAGGGGUGAAUGUUGGGAUGGAUGGGGGAAGAGGAGAAGAAAAUGGAAGUGUGAGUGGGUGUGCAUGUAUCUGAAAUUCACCAUUACCCCCACCUGUGACUAGCAAUGAACAGGUGUGUAAUGUAUUUUAUUCAUGACUGCAGUGUGCAUGUAUUUUCUUUCUCCUCUGUUUUCUAAACUUACACUAAAAGGAUUCAUCAAAUCAUCUUGUUGAGAUGGCUCAGGAUUGUAUUUCUUUUGCUUACCCUGUGCUCUUGGGUUCUAUAGUAUUUCUCUAAUUAUGUAACAAGAAUAGUGUUGCACUGUAAUCUAUCAUAUAGAGAUAUAUGUAUGGAAAAUUUUGAUCAGUUUUUUAAGAAAUGUAUCUUGUUUGCAAAGGCACAAUAAAGUUGCAUCUUAUAGACUAUAGGCAAUAAAGCUAACAAUAAACCUUAUUUAACACAAACCA